UAUCAAUUUCGUGAAUUGAAGAGAUUUACCCUUUUUUUAGAACGGGUACCUUGAGAUUUGCCCAAAAGCUAUGACAGUGGAGUGGAUAGGGAGGGAAGUGGAGGGUGGAAGUCGAAUCUAGAACAAGCACACUGCCUCUCAGCUGUAGGUUAAGGAAGAGUGACGAUAAACCGGGAAGAAGAUUGACUGUUGAAGAGCAAUGGCCUCCGUCGAAGCAUUCCCUUCACUGUAUUCCUUUUGCAGAACCAACAAUUGUUUUCUCAUUUCUAAUUCCACUUCUUUGACUACUUCAGUCCAUUGUCUUCGUCUUGGAACAAACCGCGUCUCCAGUCGUUCUCUGCACUUCACAAGGAAGAAGAACACAGAAUUCAGGAGAAUUAGGUCAGUUACAGAGGAAACCCUAGUUCCGGAAGAGCAGAAGGAAGAAACUCCUGUUGAUCAGCCAGUUUCGAUCCCGGUCUCGCCAUCCGACAUGCUUUCUAUGUUCUUCCAGGCAGAAGGAAUAAUGGAUGAAUCGGCCAUCCCUACUGUGGCCAAAGCCUUGGAGGAAAUAGAGGGUGUCAGUGAUUUAAAAGUUAAAAUCCUUGAAGGUAUUGCAAGUGUUGAGUUAACAAAGCAGACAACGGUACAGGCUACAGGUGUGGCUUCCAAUUUGGUUGAGAUCAUACAAGGAUCUGGGUUCAAGUUACAGACAUUAAAUUUGAGUUUUGAGGAUGAAGAGGACAGUGCUAACUAGAGUUUGUGCAAUAAACUGUAUAGGCCUUCUUGACAAGCAUGUGAAUCUGAAGAGGUUGGAGAAGUGGCUCAGUCUGUACUGCAAUAUGAUAUUCUCAUACUUGCCCACAUUCUGGUUCAAUGGGGUGCACACAAUUAGGAAACACUGAACAAGCGGGUUCAUCUUUUCCCAUGAUCAUGCAUUCAUGCCACAAAAACUUAUCUAGUUGGAUUGCUGUAACUUCACAAAAUCUGAUACUCCAUUCUGAAAUCAAUCAAGGUUGAAUUGAAAACACAUGCAUUAGGACAAUAGUUAAAUGCUUCUUAAAUUAUUUUUCAGCAUGAAAAUAAACUCAUUGUCAUCUCCUAGGCCCAAGCUGUCUACAGAAACGCAAAGGAUGGUUGUUAGCCCAUCAAUCUGUAAGAUUACAAUUUUUGGAUCUGACAGGUUAAAUCUAAGUUGUGCUCGGUUGUGAGCAAAUUUAAUUUGUUUUAA